GAGCAGAGUAACUACGAAAGUUUGAAGUAAGAGGGGGUUAGGAGCACGCCUCCAGGGUGUACAGUGAGAGAUUAGUGAGCGGAGCAUGAAUGACAAUGAGAGACCGAGAGAGAGAGUUUUGUAACUUUGCCUGCACCAGUCACACAGGCUGAGUGGGUCCAGGCUAGAACAGAUCCCAGGUGAAACACACUUAGAGUCCCUUCCAAAAGAGAGAGAUAGAGAGACAGAGACUGCUUGGGGUCGAGUGUGUUAUAGGCAGUGUUUCAAAAAUGACCAAAAGGUCUGCAUCUACUCAGAAUGGUGGAAAAGUCGCAGCAAGUGGAGACAAAGUUUCCCAAAAUGGGACUGUGCAGGACGGGGACGACAGAAAGGUGGGACUGGGGAAGAAGGUGACGCUGCUCCGAGGGAUCUCCAUUAUCAUCGGCACCAUCAUCGGAGCCGGGAUCUUCAUCUCUCCAAAGGGCAUCCUGAAGCACUCGGGCAGUGUAGGAAUGUCCCUGGUAGUGUGGAUCGCCUGCGGGGUGCUGUCACUCUUCGGAGCCCUGUCCUACGCCGAACUGGGGACUUGUAUUAAGAAGUCCGGGGGCCAUUACACGUAUAUACUGGAAGCCUUUGGACCUCAGAUGGCUUUCGUAAGGCUAUGGGCUGAUCUCAUUGCUAUAAGGCCUGCAGCAUUGGCAGUCAUCUCUCUGGCCUUUGGUCAGUACAUCCUGGAGCCUCUGUUCAUGCCCUGUAGUAUCCCCCCUAUGGCUGUCAAAUUGGCCACCGCCAUCAGCAUAACCUCUGUUAUGUACCUGAACAGUAUGAGCGUGACAUGGACGGCUCGGAUUCAAAUCUUCCUCACCUUCAGCAAGCUGCUGGCCAUCGCCAUCAUCAUAGUGCCUGGAAUGUACCAGCUCUUUAAAGGAGAGACCAAGAACUUUGAGAAUGCCUUUGAUUUGAGCAAAGUGCACCUUUCUGGUAUGCCACUGGCCUUCUACUCUGGGAUGUAUGCAUACGCUGGGUGGUUCUAUUUGAACUUUGUGAUAGAGGAGGUAGAUAACCCUGAGCGGAAUGUGCCAUUAGCCAUCUGUAUCUCCAUGGCGAUUGUGACUUGCUGCUACGUGCUGACCAAUGUGGCGUACUACACUGUGAUGUCAGCAGAGGAGCUCCUGGCCUCGGAGGCAGUCGCUGUGACUUUUGCAGAGAAGCUGUUGGGAAACUUCUCGAUAGCGGUGCCGGUGUUUGUGGCCUUGUCCUGCUACGGCUCCAUGAAUGGCGGCACCUUUGCCUUAUCAAGGUACAAAUGCUUUCGUCUUUGCUGGCUUUCUUCUCACAUCUCUAGUAUACACCUUCCACUCCCAGCACUCCUUAUUAUUUACCCUAUGACAAUGCUCCAGCUGUUUGUAGGCGACAUCUACAGCCUGCUGAACUUCAUGAGCUUCCUGCGGUGGCUGUUCAUCGGUGUGGUGGUGCUGGGUUUAAUCUACCUCCGAUAUACCAAACCUGACCUCCCCCGCCCCUUUAAGGUCCCGCUCUUCAUCCCAGUGGUGUUCUGCCUCACAUGUUUCUUCAUGGUCUUCCUGUCUCUGUACUCGGACCCGGUCAACACAGGGAUUGGAUUUGCCAUUUCCCUCACUGGCAUCCCCGCCUACUAUAUCUUCAUUCACUUCAACCACAGACCAAAAUGGCUUCAGAGGGCUUUAGAUUCCUUCAACAGAAGCUUGCAGAUCAUCAUGCUUGCCGUUCCUGCUGAGAAAUAACAGUUCUCCACCACUACAUCACCUCCUCGUUCCCUUCAAAUCAUACAUACAUACUAAGCUGAACUGGAACUCUGAUUGAAAGUUUUAAAUGUCUCUGUUGAAUGUGACUUUUUUAAAUGUGUUAUAUUAAAAGGAUAAAGACUUAUGUGGAAAGGCCA